AUGUUAGUCCCGGAGUCCUUGCUUCUCCUUCUGGGUUCUCUCAUACCCGCCCAGGCUCUGAAGUAUGACCCGGACUACGAGGACUGGAACUUGAACACAAAUCAGAACACACAAAAUCCUUUGGAAUACACAGGGCAAUGGGAAGAUCAUGACUUCAACCCGUCUCCGAAGAAUUGGAGAUUUCCCUUCUACACACUCUUCCUGGACCGGUAUGCCAACGGCGACCCAACAAACGACAAUGCAAAUAAUACAGUCUUCGAGACGGAGGUCAUGGGGACGCAGCUGCGGUUUGGCGGCGACAUAGAAGGAUUGGUCGACAGUCUCGAUUACAUCCAAGGCAUGGGAAUCAAAGGCCUCUACGUGGCUGGCUCGCCUUUCAUCAACCAGCCCUACGCUGCUGAUUCCUACUCGCCGCUCGACCAUACUCUGCUGGACCUUCACUUUGGUAACAUCACAGCUUGGCGGGAUGCGAUUACCGAAAUCCACCGCCGCGGCAUGUACAUCUUACUUGACAACACAGUCGCGACUAUGGGUGAUCUCAUCGGUUUCACAGGCUAUCUGAACAAGUCAGCCCCGUACGUUCCUGAACACGAGCACACAGCUCUCUGGAAGACCUCACGGCGUUACCACGACUUCACCUUUGGAACUACAUUCAAUGAUACUUGCGAGCACUUUCCAAGGCUGUACUGGGAUAAUGGAUCCGAAGUCGGCUCUGCCGUGUAUGGCAGCUUUGGUGGUUGUUACAAUGGCGACUUCGACCAAUUUGGUGACACUGAAGCUUUCGGCGUGUACGCUGAUUACCGUCGACAACUUACCAAAUUCGCUUCCGUCCAGGAUCGACUUCGCGAAUGGGUCCCUGAUGUGCUAGAGCGGAUCUCGCUGUUCUCAUGCCUUACCAUUCAAAUGCUCGACAUCGAUGGAUUCCGUUACGACAAGGCAACCCAGGUCACAGUCGACGCCGAGGGGAAAUUCUCAGCAAACCUUCGCAAAUGCGCCAGGGACGUCGGCAAAGACAACUUUUUCCUACCUGGUGAAAUUACUGGUGGUGAUACCUUCGGUGCUGUUUACGUUGGUCGUGGUCGGUCGCCUGAUCAAUAUAUUGACAACGAGGAGAAGGCUGUCAACUUAACGAACGUUACCGCGGCCGAUAUGGACAUCUUCAUUCGAGAGGAAGGACAACAAGCUCUUGAUAGCGCAGCUUUCCACUAUUCUAUCUAUCGUAAUCUGCUACGAUUUUUGGGUAUGGAUGGUGGUAUGGAGGCUGCGUAUGAUCUCCCGAAGAACUGGGUUGCCGCUUGGAACAGAAUGCUGCAGACGAACGACUUUAUCAACGCUGAGACUGGCCUUGUGGACCCUCGACACAUGUACGGAGUGGUCAAUCAGGAUGUGUUCAGAUGGCCUGCUAUCACCUUUGGUAUCGAACGCAACUUGCUGGGCCUCUUCAUUACCACUCUGCACAUGCCAGGCAUCCCGCUGCUUCUCUGGGGAGAAGAGCAAGCCUUCUACGUGCUCGACAACACGGCAUCGAAUUACAUGUUCGGAAGACAGCCCAUUACUUCUACCCCGGCAUGGCAUGCUCAUGGAUGCUACAGUCUUCCCGGUGAGCUGUACUUCCACAUGCCACUCAACGCCACUUUGCACGGAUGCGAGGACCCCACAGUUGCGUGGGAUCACAGAGAUUCGACUCACCCCAUCCGAAACGUCAUCAAGCACAUGUACUAUCUUCGUGAAAAGUUCCCGGUUCUGACGGAUGGCUUCUACCUGGAGCAGCUGUCCAACAAGACGGAGUGGAUCUACUUGCCAGGAAGUUCUGGCGUUGGCACAGAGGAAGGUCUAUGGUCCACAAUGCGGUCUUCAUACCUUGGCAUCCAAGACAUGGACACUGACACACCGGUGUGGUUGCUCUACCACAAUCGCAACACCUCGUACACAUACACCUUCGACUGUACCGAUGACGAUCAAGCUCUCAUCUCACCCUUUGACUCGGGAACCACAGUGAAGAAUCUGUUCUUCCCUCACCAAACGAUGGAUCUCAAGGACUCGCCCAAGAAGCUCAAGAUCAACGGGUCGACCGAGUACAAUGGUUGCGUCGACUCUGUCACUCUUGAUGCAUUCGAGUUCCGCGCAUACGUGCCACAGAAGCUAUGGGUUCCUCCUCCACCUAUGCUUACCAAGUUUAAGCCCGGCCAUGAUUACAGGAUCCAAUCGACCGAAGAGAGCACAACUGUCCUCGUUGAGAUCCACACGAAUGUUCUCAUGGAUUGCGACUCGUUUACCCAAGCCAUCAACUUUACUUCAAUCACGGAAUCAGGCCUCACUCCAUCUAUUGACACCUCUACGGUCAAGUGUGGCAAUGUGACAACCAUUGAGCAGCCUGAUUAUGUGGGAGUCCUAGAGUCUGCAUGGGGUUGGUCUGCCAACAUCACCGGCUUUGGCCAAGGUAUCCACCAGAUUAUUGUCAACAACGCCACAACCGCUGAUCUAGGUUCUUACACUAACUCUACGGACCGCUUCCUCCUCCGAAUCGGCGGGGCAGACAACCCUCUCAUCUUCCCCCAGACCUCCAAUUACUCGUCGACGCUUGUGACCAAGGACUCAAACGGAGGGCUCACGCUGAACCAUAGUGCUCCAGGUGCCAGUUGGUUCCGCUACUCGACAAACUGGGCUUCCUCUUUCAGUAACUGGACGCGGUACGAGUCAACCACCGCAAUCGACAUGUUGCCAUGGUCGGGUACCACGGACCAGGAGUGGAAGGGCGAGCACGUCAUUGUGCAAUACCACAGCAAGCUCCUCGGUAGCAGUGCUUUUGAGCAGCGAGGUGAUGUGGACUACGAUGGUCCUAUGCGGCGAUUCCCGCAUAUCUGGUCUUCUGGCCCAUUCAACCAGUAUGGAUAUGAUGCCGGUGCGAGCAACCAGUUCAAGCACACCGCCGAGUCGAUCUGGCAGUGGCACUACAUGGAUGAGUGGCCGGCGACGGUUCAGCUCAGCGUCUGGGGAAUGAACCCCGAUAAGACGCCGGACCAGUCCUUCGUGUACGGCGAUAUUGACACUGACGGUGUACUCGAUCGCCUCCCGCCGUCUUCGCUUGUGGAGAGUAACAUCAAUAUCUCGAGCGCACCAUCCAAGCCCCAUCUGGCGUACAGACUGGUGGUCCAAGAUUCCACCCUGAAGUACGGCUUGGUCCCCGUCGGCAACAUGUACCAGCAGCUGGUCCUGUACCUUCUACUCUGGAUUCUGCCCGUCAUCCUUGGCUUCGCCGCCGUGCAAGCUUUCAAGCGCUCCUUCUACAAGAUCAAGUUCAACGAGGUCGGUGUUGCUAAGGCAUCCGGAUUCACUCUGCUUGUUUCCAAGGCCAAGGACACCAUCGCCAGUAUGAGCGGCAAGGACGAGAAGGACGCCCAGGCCAUGAUCGCGGCCGCUGCAGCAGGAGCAGGCAAACGCAAGCGUGUUCUAAUCGCCACCAUGGAGUACAACAUCGAUGACUGGGGUGUGAAGAUCAAGAUCGGCGGUCUGGGUGUGAUGGCCCAGCUGAUGGGCACGGCCCUGAAGCACCAGGAUCUUAUUUGGGUUGUGCCUUGUGUUGGAGGUAUCGACUACCCUGUUGAUACACCCGCCGAGCCAAUGUUCGUCAAGAUUAUGGGCCAGUACUAUGAGAUUCAGGUGCAGUACCACAAGGUUGAGAACAUCACUUAUGUUCUCCUUGAUGCGCCCGUGUUCAGGAGGCAGACUAAGGCAGAGCCGUAUCCCCCGCGUAUGGACGAUAUGGAGAGUGCUAUCUACUAUUCCGCCUGGAACCAAUGUAUUGCCGAGACUGUCAACCGAUUCCCUGUCGACAUGUACCACAUCAACGAUUAUCACGGUGCUUGUGCUCCGCUGUACCUCUUGCCUCGCGUUAUCCCCGUGGCCUUGUCUCUCCAUAACGCUGAGUUCCAGGGAAUGUGGCCUAUGCGAACGCCUGAGGAAAGCAAGGAGGUCUGUGAGGUCUACAACUUGUCAGAGGACAUCGUCAAGGAAUAUGUUCAGUUCGGCUCAGUCUUCAACUUGCUGCACGCCGGUGCCAGUUACCUGCGAAUCCACCAACAGGGUUUCGGUGCAGUCGGUGUCUCCAAGAAGUAUGGUGACCGGUCUUUUGCGCGUUACCCUAUCUUCUGGGGCCUGAAGAAGGUCGGACAGCUGCCAAACCCGGAUCCGACUGACACUGCCGAAUGGAGCAAGGACACCGCUCUCACUACCGACGCCCCGACUAUCGAUCAGGAAUUCGAGGCAGGCAGAGCAGACCUCAAGCGCCAGGCUCAGGAGUGGGCCGGCCUUGAGCAAAACCCUGAAGCUGAACUCUUCGUCUUCGUGGGACGUUGGUCUCUGCAGAAGGGUGUUGACCUCAUCGCUGAUAUUUUCCCCUGGGUGCUGGAGACAUACCCUCAGACCCAGCUGAUUUGCAUCGGACCUAUGAUCGAUCUCUACGGUAAAUUCGCAGCUUUAAAGCUGGCCAAGCUAAUGGAGAAGUACCCCGGACGCGUUUACAGCAAGCCUGAGUUCACAGCGCUUCCCCCUUAUAUCUUCAGUGGUGCGGAAUUCGCCUUGAUCCCCUCCCGAGACGAACCCUUCGGUCUUGUUGCCGUUGAAUUCGGACGUAAGGGAGCCCUGGGCGUUGGUGCCAGGGUUGGUGGUCUUGGACAAAUGCCUGGUUGGUGGUACACGGUGGAGAGUACCAAAGCAUCGCAUCUGUUGCACCAGUUCAAGAACGCAAUCGUGGCAGCUCUGAAGACAGACACCCAGACUAGGGCAACGAUGCGCGCAUACUCUGCCAAACAGCGAUUCCCAGUUGCCGAGUGGCUCGAGAAGCUCGAAAAGCUGCAGCAAAACGUCAUCAGGAUAUCUGAAAAGACAGCCAAGAAGAGCAGCAAGAAGAAGUUCUUGUCCAGCACGAUGAAUCUUCUGAACCCGAGCAAGGAGGCGCUGAACACGGAAAUUCAGCUGCAGGACCGCAUGCCCCCUUGGAUGACACAGGUUUCCGACCACGACGACGAUGCCUCCACAAUGUACAACCAAAACAACCAAUCUCGCCUCACCACCGCCCUGAACACCCCGAUGCAGAGCCGUCCUGUGUCACCUGGUGGCUACGAGUCCGCAAUGAGCUCGCGAUCCGGAACACCGUUGCCCUGGUCUCCUGGCCACGGCCGCAUGGAAUCUGAAUCACCAAGCGUUCUCUCCUUCUCUCGACCGUUCGCCCUUGGCAUGCAAAAUAAUGCCAGUCGAGCCUCUAUGCUUAGUGUCGAUGAGGUCGUCGGUGAGCGUCAUGACUACAAGCUCCAACAGACUGAUCCCUUCUUCACGGACUCUAGGGGAGAGUUCUACACGGAGUUCGAGCAGAAGCUGGGCACCCUCGACGCGAGCAACUCCAUCUCGGACCUGUGUAUCGAGGACUAUCUGAUCAAAUCUGAGAAGGAGUGGUUCUCAGAGUUCCGUGACGUACGCUUGGGUAGGGGUCGGGCCCGCGAUUCCUCGGCGUCAAGACCUGGGUCCCGCGCCUCGUCUCGCAACGCGUCUCGGAACCGUUCCCGGUCUCAGCUGCGGUUGUCUCUCGGCCACGAGCGUCGGCCCUCUCGCCUGAUGAACGCCACGCCUGUGGGUAGCGAUGCAGGGACACCUAGCGAGGAAGAGGAUUAUGAGCGACAAUUCGAGCUGCCCCAGGACUACAAGCCGCCCAGCGGAUUGCAGAAGUACCUCCAGUACCAGUUCGGCGAUUGGCCCGUCUACGCAAUCCUCCUCUCUAUCAGUCAGGUCAUCGCCACGAACUCCUACCAGAUCACUCUCUUGACAGGAACGGUCGGACAAACAGCCACGAAGCUCUAUGUCGUCGCAUCCAUCUACCUGGGAUCCACAAUCGUGUGGUACACCCUGUCCCGGACCCUCAGCCUCGUCUACUCGACGGCUAUACCCUUCUACUUUUACGGUAUCGCAUUCGUCAUCCUCGGCUUCUCUCCAUUCGCGAGCAAUGACGAUGUGCAAGGCUGGCUACAAAACGUGGCAACAGGUUUCUACGCGUUCGCGGCCUCAUCCGGUGGUAUCUCCUUUGCGUUCAACUUCGGCACCGACGGUGGUUCUACCGUGUCUACCUGGAUCAUGCGCCUGGCAAUCAUCCAGGGCGUGUCCCAGGUCUAUACAGUAGCUCUCUGGGCAUGGGGCAGUGCCAUCAGCGACGCAACGGCCGACGGCGAGACCGGCGCCUACUCCCUGGCCAACUCACCCUGGAUGCUCGCCGUCUGUCUGCCAGCUGCCCUCAUCCUCUGGGCCAUCGGCACAGUCCUCUACCUAGGCCUGCCUGAAUUCUACCGUGAGACGCCUGGUCCCGUGCCGCAGCUGUGGAAGACGCUGCUCAAGCGCAAGACCAUCGCGUGGUACCUGCUCGCGGUCAUCAUCCAGAACUACUUCCUCUCGUCCCUCUACGGCCGCAACUGGUUCUUCCUGUUCUCGUCGGCCGUCCUCCCGACCUGGUCCGUGAUCCUGCUCGCGCUGUUCUUCUUCGUCAUCCUGUGGUGCGCGGUGCUCUUUGGCCUGGCCAAGGUGUCGCAGUCCCACCCCUGGCUGUUCCCCAUGUUCGCCGUCGGCCUCGGCGCCCCGCGCUGGGCGCAGAUCUUCUGGAGCUGCUCGCGCAUCGGCCUGUGGCUGCCCUGGGCCGGCGGCGCCGUCGCCAGCGCCGUGGCGAGCCGCCUCGUGUGGCUGUGGCUCGGCCUCCUGGACUCGGUCCAGGGCGCCGGCAUCGGCAUGAUCCUCAUGCUCACGCUGACCAGAGUCCACGUCGCCGCCGCCGUCAUCGCCGCCCAGGUGCUGGGCUCCCUGGCUACCAUCGCCGGCCGUGCCACCGCGCCUGACAACCUGGGCCCCGGCCCUGUCUUCCCUGAUCUCUCUCAGGGUGCCGGGCACGUACUCGGGAGCGCCUGGUUCUGGGUGGUGCUCCUGCUGAAUCUGGGUAUUUGUAUUGGGUAUUUCAAGUUCUUCCGCAAGGAACAGGUUAGCAAGCCGUAA